AUGACUCGGCGGUGCUCUCACUGCAGCAACAACGGUCAUAACUCUCGAACAUGUCCGUCGAGAGGCGGUGGCGGAAGCGGCAGCGGCGGCGGCGGCGGGAGUGCGAGUAUGGGGAACCUGACGCUCGCGAAUCAUCAUCAUUGUUCUUCUCCUUCGUCUGUUAACCCCGGUUCGAUUGUUAAUCCCGGUUCACCGUGUUCUGACCCGCCGAAUGAACCGGAAGGUUAUUUGUCUGAUGACCCCGCCAAUGUUUCCAGCUUCGCUAUCCGCCGCAGCGACAGAAAAAAAGGUGUUCCAUGGACUGAAGAAGAACAUCGGAUGUUUUUGGUUGGACUCCAUAAACUAGGCAAAGGAGACUGGCGUGGGAUAGCACGUAAUUACGUCGUGUCAAGGACCCCUACUCAAGUAGCAAGUCAUGCACAGAAGUACUUCAUCCGUCAGAGUAAUGCUACCAGGAGAAAGAGACGUUCGAGCCUUUUCGACAUGGCUCCGGAUAUGUGUCCAGAUUCAACUUCUAUGCCAGAAGAACAAGUACUACUUCCACCUUCUGAAAACUCACAACCUAGUAAUGGAAAAUCACAACCCUCACUAAAUCUCUCUCUCAAGACAGAAUAUGAACCAAUGGAAACCACACCGGAAGAAAAUGUAGAAGAGGGCAAUGAAACUACAAUGGCAUCAAAGGGAUUGACGCCAAUGACUCACGGAUUCUUUCCAUCUUAUUUACCUGUCACAUUUUCCAUAUGGCCAUCAACUGGAGCUCCCUUUGAAGUAUCCACCGGUAGAGACACAUCUCAUCAUAGUCAUCAUCAGGUUCUUAAGCCUAUACCGGUCAUUCCUAAGGAACCCGUCAACGUUGAUGAACUCGUGGGGAUGUCUCAUUUGAGCAUUGCGGAAACACAGGUGCGUGAUAGAGAGCCUUCCCCUCUUUCCUUGAAGUUGUUAGGAGAACCCUCAAGACAAUCAGCAUUCCACACAAAUACUCCAGUUGGUGGCUCUGAUCUAAACAGUGGCAAAAACAACGCCAUUCAAGCGGUUUGA